AUGAACAAAUCCGUAAAUUCGUCUGUUGCGUGGUUUGCCGGCCUAACGAUGAACGGAAACAAACCCGGCGACGACGUCCGCGAUCAGGAUCCGUUUUCUUGUCACGGUCCUGUUGUUAUCAUGAAGCAACCCUCGAGAGAGGCUCGCAUCAUCACUGGCCCAUCAUCCAUCUUCGCCAAGUCUACUAUUGAUCUCGGUCUCCGUAGGGCCGGUUGGGACGGUCCACCAGUCACUGCAAGGGGCGGUCCCAAUCAGGCAUCGGCUGGCGGGACGAGCCUAGCUAGAUGGAGUAUGUUGUCUGUGUUCUGCAGUGAAUCAAUCGACGAGUACAACGACCAACCUCUGUAA